AUGGGGAUUCAUAGCCAUGUCCUCUUAGCCGUACUGGUCUUUGUUAAUGUAGUGACUAGUAGUGUAGCAUUGCCAGGGACUUAUGGCAGGGCUGCGAAUGUGAUCGAUCGCAAAAGCCAACCUUUGUCACCGAGUUUUGGUAUAGAUUCCCUCAACCGUAGCAGUUUUCCGGCUGGCUUUAUCUUUGGAGCAGCAUCGGCAGCUUACCAGAUUGAAGGUGGAGCAAGUGAAGGUGGUAGAGGGCCGAGUAUAUGGGAUACUUUCACACACAAAUACCCUCAGAAGAUAGCGGAUCGUAGUAAUGGAGACGUGGCCAUUGAUUCUUAUCAUCGCUAUAAGGAAGAUGUGAACAUCAUCAAAGGAAUGGAUCUUGAUUCUUAUCGAUUCUCAAUCUCAUGGUCCAGAGUGUUGCCACUUGGGAAGCUAAGUGGAGGCGUGAACGAGGAAGGAAUUCAAUACUACAACAACCUCAUUAACGAUCUCCUAGCCAAGGGUCUACUGCCCUAUGUGACUCUCUUCCAUUGGGAUAUGCCCCAAGCUUUGGAGGAUGAGUAUGGCGGUUUCCGGAGUCCUCAAAUCGUGUAUGAUUUUCGUGAUUACUCGGAGCUUUGCUUCAAGAGAUUUGGUGAUCGGGUGAAAUUCUGGACCACGUUGAAUGAGCCAUGGUCCUUUAGCCAGGGAUAUGAUAACGGUGCGUAUGCACCUGGUCGAUGCUCUGCUUGGCUGCAAAACAAUUGCAGCGGAGGAGAUUCAGCCAGAGAGCCAUAUCUCGUGACUCAUUACCAGCUUCUUGGUCAUGCAGCCGUUGUAAAAUUGUACAAAGAAAAGUAUCAGGUGACAUUAAUUUUAAAAUUUUACAACACAUCACAAAAAGGAAAGAUAGGGAUAACUCUGGUUUCAACAUGGUUGGUGGCCUAUUCUAAUUCGAGUCUGGAUGGCCGUGCUGCAGUAAGGGGACUAGAUUUCAUGUUUGGAUGGUUUAUGGACCCAUUAAUAUAUGGUGAUUAUCCACUUACAAUGCGAGCUCUUGUCAGAAACCGACUUCCAAAGUUCACGAAAGAACAAUCCAUGAUGGUAAAGGGAUCAUAUGAUUUCAUUGGCUUGAACUAUUAUACUGCACAAUAUGCAGCUCAUGAACCCAACUCCAACACCGUAAAUGUAAGUUACUCAACAGAUUCUCGAGCCAAUCUUACAUCUUCCAAGAAUGGAGUCCUUAUUGGUGAACAGGCCGGUUCAAGUUGGCUCCAUGUUUAUCCGAAAGGGAUUUGGCAUCUUCUACUCUACAUAAAGAGAAAAUAUAAUAAUCCACCUCUUUACAUCACAGAGAAUGGGAUUGAUGAGGUAAAUAAUGCAACAUUAACACUUAAGGAAGCCCUCAUCGACAACUUUAGAAUAAAGUAUUACAAUCGCCAUCUUGCUUUCGUUCACCAAGCAAUCAAGGAUGGUGCCAAUGUUAAGGGAUACUUUGCAUGGUCAAUAUUGGACAAUUUCGAAUGGACCGCGGGUUACACCGUUCGUUUUGGCAUUUACUAUGUGGAUUACAAAAAUGAAUUAAAAAGAUACCCAAAACUCUCAGCCAAAUGGUUCAAGAAUUUUAUGAAGAAAUAA